GGAAACCGCCCAUCGCUAUUUGUUUUAUUUCGAGAUAAGCCAUUUUGUUGUACCAGUCAACCUCCUUCAACCAGCUCAACCUCCUCCGACCAGCUCCGCCGCACAGAAGCACGCAGAAGCAGAAGCAGAAGCAAGAGAAGUAUGGAACAAACUCAACCUCCUCCAACCAGCUCCGCCGCACCGCCGGCAUCUCCCCUCAUCCCUACCAACACCACAACCACAACCACAACCACGACCACCACCCCCGUAAACACCUCUCAACCCUACCCAGACUCGUCGCCGCCGCCGCUGAAUUUCUCUGAUCUGGAGCGAAUCGACCCAAUUGGAAAAGACACAGGCGACAUCGACAACGACAACGACAACAGCCUCUACAGCGUCAUCCACCGCCUCACCGGUUCUUUCUAUUCCUUAAAAACCAUUUCCUCCUCCUCCUCCUCCUCCUCCUCCUCCUACAGCCAAGGCGACCCUCACAUCCUCCGGGACUUGGAGAUCACUCGCGCCUUAGACAAUCCCAACUUGGUCAAAUGCCACGCCGUGUUCGAUCACGGUACCCACAUCCAUUUCCUGCUCGAAUACAUCCACGGCCAAUCCCUUGAAGGAAUCCAAUUGAACCACGAGCCCUUCCUCUCUCAUCUCACCCUUCAAAUCCUCUCUGGAUUGUCCUAUCUCCAUCUCAGAAAAAUUACCCAUGGCGAUAUCAGACCCUCCAAUCUAUUAGUCGACCUUCUGGGACGACGAUUCAAAAUAGCAUAUUUCGGGUUAUCCAGAAUCACAAAAGAAAUAGCCUACAUGAGCCCCGAAAGAAUCAACACUGAUCUCAAUCGGGGAUUCUAUGAUGAUGUUGGGUAUGCAGGGGAUAUUUGGGGAAUUGGGUUAUGCAUUCUUCAAUUGUAUAUGGGUAGAUACCCAAUUGAGGUUGAACUUGAGGACAAUUGCCCCAACAUUGCGUCGGCGAUAUGUUUGCGACAGCCGCCUGAAGCGCCGCCAACGGCAUCGAGGGAGUUUCGAGACUUCAUUGCGUGCUGUUUGCAAAGUGAUCCAGCGAAGAGAUGGACCGCACAUCAAUUGUUGCAGCAUCCUUUCAUUAGACAGAAUGCUAGCACCAACAAGAAAUGGAUUUUGCCCUUCUUUUUUGCAAUUUUUGGAUCAAAACAGAACAGCAAUUUUGAUGAUGAUGUGCAAUUGCUCAACUUAAAUUCACGAAAGGUGCCUCCCUAUGACUGGGUCAGGAAUGCGGUGGACAAAAUGCCUUCAAGGAACUUGAACGAGAUUGAGUCAGAGUUAGGUCCGUUUUCCAGGCCAAGACAAUCCCAAGAACGGCUUGCCCUCACAAAAUUUUUGAACAUGAGCCCAAAUGAAUUCUGGCAGAAGGUGAUGGAAGCCACUGUUAUUGGCAGUCAUGCAAUUGAAACUCCUCAUCAAACUGUAGGUACAGUAAUAGAAACAGAAAGAGAGGCAGAGGCAGAGGCAGAGACAGAGACAGAGACAGAGACAGAUGAUCAACUUGUCAUUCAGCCACCAGUUGAACCAUCACUUACCAGUGUAGAACUUCCUGACCAAGCAAUGUGGGAUAUGUGCAAACAAUUUAAGAGUUGUAUGCUGUAUUGUUCUUUGUUUCCAGUUGGUUACAAAUUUGAUAAGGAUAGUUUGGUUCAAAUGUGGAUUGCGGAAGGGUUAAUCGAGGCAGAAGAGAAUGAAAGAAUGGAGGAUUUUGGCGGUCUGUAUUUUGAUUAUAUGUCCAAGUGGGAAUAUGUAGUGCCAGCUGGAUUUGAUCAUGUUGGCAAUCAGGAAACUUACAGAGUAGGGGAGGCUAUGGCUUCAAUACUCGAGAAAGAAUCUUUGGCACCCCAAUAUUGCAGAGUUGAGGAUAGUCACUUGGCUGAUCUAUCCAUACUGUCAAUGCAUUUGUCUUUGGUAUGCAACUACAUUGAUCAGAAUACUUUUGAGGCGCUCAAAAGAUGCACUAACUUGAGAACACUUCUGUUGCUUGGCCAUUAUGGUUCUUCUGUUAAACAAGUGCCUCAUGAUCUUUUCUUGGGCCUAGAGUUAUUAAGGGUUUUAGAUUUGAGUUGUACCCAUCUAUCUCAAUUACCAAAUUCCGUUGGCAACCUGAAGUCAUUGCAAUACAUUGAUGUCUCGGAGACACGCCUCAAACGGUUGCCUGAGGUGGUGGAUUGCCUUCUCAAUUUACAGACAUUGAGACUCAGAGGUUGUUUAGACCUAGUUGGAUUACCAAAAAACAUCAGCAAGUUAGUCAACCUACGACAUCUGGAUCUUGAUAUUGCUCGUCAGUUAAAGUCAAUGCCCACGGGAUUGGGGAAUUUAACUAACCUUCAAACUUUGAGUACAUUCCUUGUUGGUAGGGAGGAUGGAUGUCGUAUAGGAGAGCUAAAGAAUAUGAAUAACCUUAGCGGAUCAUUAUGCAUUUGGAGACUUGAAAAUGUUUUGAAUAAGGAGGAGGCUAAAUUAGCUGCUUUGAGUAAUAAGAAGUACCUCAAUAAGUUGGAGUUGCGGUGGGGUGAUCUUUGGGAUGAAAAGGCUGAGGAGGAAGAGGAAAUCUUAGAAUGUCUGCGGCCCCACUCUGGCCUCAAAGAGUUGCAGAUAUUGUUCUACAAGGGCUCAAAGCUGCCAAGUUGGAUCAGUAGUCCAUCAUUUGUUAACAUAGCUAGUAUUACACUCUUCAAGUGCACAAGUUGUUAUUUCCUCCCAUCUAUUGGAGAACUGCCAUCUCUGAAGUCACUUACAUUAGUUGAAAUGAAUAGGGUGAGAGAUAUUAAUCGCCUGUUUUGCAGGGAUGAAACCAGUCAAGGGUAUAAUGCAUUUCCAAAGUUAGAGAAACUAACAUUUGAUGUCAUGUUUAACCUAGAAGAAUGGACAGGAGUGGAGAAUGGCGACUUUCCAUGCCUUCUUCAACUUACAAUAAAAUACUGUCCAAAACUAAUUUCUCUUCCAUGUCUUUCACUUCUCAGAUCUCUUAAAUAUUUUGAAAUUAGCCACUGUCCAGAGCUCUCAUCUUUUCCUGAGGAGGGCCUGCCAGCGUCACUUGGAUUUCUAAUGGUGAGAAAUUGUCCGUCAUUAAAAGAACGGUGCCGAACGGGUGAAGGUGAAGACUGGUUGAAGAUAGCACAUGUGCCUAGCAUAUGGAUUGAUCACCAAGAGAUUUUUUUAGAUUGAGGAUAUGAGUGUCUCGACCUGUCAAGAGACUUGGUGUAGGUGGAUUUGAUGCCUCCUGAUUUUGCUGGAUUGUGGAGUACAAAAAGGGGUUGUUUGUUUAUGUAAUAAUUGUCAUAGCAUGAACUUAAGAUUUGAUGGAAAGCAUGGAGAUGAAAAAUGUUGACUUUGGAAAGAUAAAAGUGGCUGUUUGUCUUUGGAUAGACUGACAAAGAAUGGGCUAAGAAGUCUUGAUGGAAUGUUUUGGAAAAGGUCUGCAAGCUGUGAGUAUGACUGGCAAGACAUAGGCUGAAGAGUUGUAAGAAAUCAUGGCAAAAGUUUGUGAAAUGGCCGAGACAUCAUUCACCAUCGCACCCCCGACAGUGACCAUUGCGCCCGCAAUGUGUAGACAUUGCGCUUGCGAAUAAGUUGCGAUGCCGCUGAGAUCAAAACAUGUUCCCAGUAUCUUCUCAACAUCUGUCUUCUGUGCACGCGAAAGACAUUAUCGCCCCUGCGAUAUUCAAAGGUCGCGCCUGCAAACUGUCCGCGACCAAAGCACCUCCCAGUAUCUGCCUCAGCAUUCAUCUCUGCAGCCUGCAAAGAGAAGACCGUGGCUGCAAAUGCAUAUGUCGCGCCCGCGACAAAGAAGGUCGCACCCGCGAUGGUGGUUUCUCUAUAUAUAUCGAGCUUGUUCUGUUUUGUGACUUACCGCUUCCCAUUCUGAAGUUUGAGACUUUUCUGAGAGUGUUGUAGUGAGGUUAUCUUGUAUCCAUCUCUCAUGUUUACUUGAUGAUUCAUUUGUAUUUUUAUGUCUUUCUAGUAAUCAUCAAGUUUGUAAAAGACAUCUAAACAGUUUGUAAGUGUUCUUGGUGGAUUCCAAGAACUUGAGUUGUAAGCUCUGGUGGAUUCUAGAGUGUUCUUGUCGUGGACUUGACAUUAUUGUUGUGGAUUCAAUAGCGGAGGCGGAUAUCCACAAGAUGAAGGAUAGAGGUGGACCUACUUGAAGAUCUUGAGCAAACUUGUGUGCCUGGAUUGGUCUUUGUAAGAAAUUUCUUGUAUUACUCUUCUUCAUAGUGGAUUAUUCUUCUAGUUGAGAGCCCGUGGUUUUUUAUCA